GUGGAGUACUGUUGAUUUUCUCUUGACUGAAUUGUAUAAUCCUCAUUGCAUCUGUAACCUAAACGAGGACAAUUUUCUGUUGUGAACGCAUUGCCAUGAUGGGGCUCAAACGGAGCUGCUUCGUUUUCUUUCUGAUGUGGCAAGCCGUGAAUGGGGACGCGAGCUAUUCCUUUCAAGAAGAAAUGAAGCGCGGAUCUGUUAUUGGGAAUAUAGCGAAGGAUCUUAACCUGGACUGGAGUAAACUGUCUGGUAGGAAUGCCCGUGUUGAUGCCGCAGGGAAUCGGAAACGUUAUUGUGACAUCAAUCUCAGCAAUGGGGAUUUAAUUAUUGCCGACAGGAUUGACCGAGAGGAGCUUUGUGGAGAAAAGCUAUCGUGUGUACUAAAACGCGAUAUUGUGCUGGAGAAUCCUCUGGAACUGCAUCCGUUAAGUCUUCACAUUCAAGAUAUUAAUGAUAACUCGCCACAAUUUAAGGAAGAAUUGAUAAAUAUUGAAAUUCAAGAGUCGGCAGACAGGGGAGCUCGUUUUGUGAUAGAGGAGGCGCACGAUGCGGAUGUAGGACAAAAUUCAGUUCAGCAGUACAGCCUUAAAAAGAAGGAUAAUUUCAUUUUGGCCGUUGAUGGAAACACAAUAGAGCUUGUUCUUGAAAAAGAGCUUGAUCGUGAAAAACAACAAGAGAUCAAUUUGGUCCUUACAGCUCUAGAUGGUGGCUCCCCUCAGAGAUCAGGUACGGUAGUCAUACACGUCACUGUACUGGAUGCUAAUGAUAACGCCCCAGUGUUUAGCCAGGCCAUUUAUAAAGCCAGUCUGCCUGAAAACUCUCCUGUAGAGACUGUAGUGGUCACAGUGAGUGCUACUGAUGCAGACGAGGGAGUCAACGGAGAUGUGACGUAUGAAUUUGGACAUGUUACUGAUGAGGUGAAGAGAGUCUUUAGUAUUGACCGUAAAAACGGCAAAAUUAAAGUGAAUGGUGCGAUUGAUUUUGAAACUGUUACAACAUAUGAUUUGCGCAUUAAAGCAAAAGAUGGAUUAGGAUUAUCGUCAUACACAAAGGUAUCCAUUGAUGUCACCGAUGUCAAUGACAACAUACCUGUAAUCUAUGUGAAAUCUCUGGCAAAUCCAGUACCUGAGAAUGUGUCACCUGGUACAGAGGUGGGCAUUGUUAACGUGCAGGAUUCAGAUUCUGAUAAUAAUCAACAGGUCCGCUGUUCCAUGCAACAAAAUGUCCCUUUUAAAUUGGUCCCUUCUAUUAAAAACUAUUAUUCUCUGGUGACCACAGGACAACUGGACCGUGAACUAGUGUCUGAUUACAACAUUACAAUCACUGCCACUGACGAGGGCUCUCCACCUCUGUCCUCCUCUAAAACUGUUCAGUUAUCUGUAGCAGACAUCAACGACAACCCACCUGUGUUUGAGGAACAGACCUACAGCGCAUAUGUGACUGAAAAUAACAAACCUGGCUCCACUUUAAGUUCCGUUACUGCUCGAGACCCCGACUGGAGACAAAACGGUACAGUGAUUUAUUCUCUGUUACCCGGUGAGGUGAACGGUGCCCCGGUGUCCUCCUAUCUAUCUGUUAACGGAGACACGGGGGUGAUCCACGCUGUGAGGUCGUUUGAUUAUGAACAGUUCAGGAGUUUUAAAGUCCACGUGAUGGCCAGAGACAACGGUUCUCCUCCGCUCAGCAGCAACGUGACCGUCAGUGUCUUCAUAUCGGAUGUGAAUGACAACUCUCCUCAGAUACUGUACCCCUCCCCGGAGGGCAACUCCUUCAUGACCGAGCUGGUCCCCAAAGCUGCACACGGAGGCUCUCUGGUGUCCAAAGUGAUAGCGGUGGACGCGGACUCCGGACAGAACGCCUGGCUGUCCUAUCAUAUAGUCAAAUCCACUGAUCCGGGACUUUUCACUAUUGGUGUCCACAGCGGAGAGAUCAGGACACAGCGGGACAUUUCUGAGUCUGACAGCAUGAAACAGAACCUUAUUGUAGCAGUAAAAGAUAACGGACAGCCCUCUCUCUCUGCCACCUGUUCCAUGUAUUUACUUAUUUCUGAUAACUUGGCUGAGGUGCCAGAACUGAAGGAUAUUUCUUAUGAUGAGAAGAACUCCAAACUGACCUCUUAUCUGAUCAUCGCGCUGGUGUCUGUGUCGACAUUUUUUCUGACCUUCAUUAUCAUCAUCCUGGGUGUGAGGUUUUGUCGCAGGAGAAAGCCCAGACUGUUGUUUGAUGGAGCAGUUGCCAUCCCCAGCGCUUAUCUCCCUCCUAAUUACGCAGACGUUGACGGCACAGGAACUUUACGCAGCGCUUACAAUUAUGACGCCUACCUGACUACAGGUUCUAGAACCAGUGACUUUAAGUUCGUGACGUCUUACAAUGACAACACACUGCCUGCUGACCAGACUCUGAGGAAGAGUCCUUCAGACUUUGCUGAUGUUUUUGGAGAUUGUGAUGCUUCUCCUGAGAAUUGA